AUGAAUGAACCAGUGGAGAACCCUACCGACCCAGCUGACGCCUUCGACGUUACGGACCUCCCGGGGAGAGUUGAACAUCUUUUGCACUAUGUGUACGGCCAGUAUGGCGGUGAUAUUACGGUAGACCAACCGCAAAACACCAUGCAGGCUUCCUCUCCUUCAGAGACUCCAGAUUCAGAAGAUGUUGACGAUGAGCUCAAGUACCUUCGCAAUGAUGAAAGUCCUACAGCCAGCCUGGACAGCUUCGAAUUGCAGCUGCAGCACGGCCAGACACCGCUAGGGCAUCCAAGAGACCAAAUUCGCACGACGUCUAGAGGUAACACACCACCAGACCGAGCAUCAGUGAGCCCAGUGACGCCUAGAGAAGGUCCGUCGCCCCAAAGUUAUGGAAGCAAGACCCCGUCUCCGGUGGGAGGUGCAGUUCGGUCAACUCCUCCUGCCAAGAGUGACACAAAGAAAUCUUCUAAGAGCGAUGAAAAGAGGUUUUAUCACAAGUCUGCCGCUUGGUGGAACGAUGUCUACAGUUACGUCCUCGCCUGUUUGGUGUUCGCCUCCAUAGCCAAGUUUCUGGCGCUCUUGCGCUUCAACGGACGGAUGGCCAUGCUUUCCUACGUCAUCAGACGGGCGACCAAUGAGCUGGUCCACUUCACCGUCAUGUUCUUCGUCAUCUUCUUGGCGUACUGCCAGGUCACCUACCUCCUGCUGGGGACGACUCUUGCAGGGUUUGGGACUUUUCAGGCCAGCCUUGAGAUGAUGUUUGCGAUUCUCCUGGGUGACGUGGAUCUGUCCUGGGUGCUGAAGGCGAGUCCGCUGAGCUGUGUCUUCCUCCUCACCUUCAUCCUCACAUUGGUGAUGGUCAUUGUGAACAUGUUCCUGGCUAUACUCGUGGAUUCUAUGAAACAUGUCAAGGAUGAUGUAAGAAGGCUGAAAAGGGAGAAUGAAUUGACAGACUUCAUGAUCCAUCGUCUUAAGGCAAUGUUCAAGUUGGCAGAUAAGACGUCACAUCCAUCUAUCAAGACCACAACUCCCCAACCGGAACUCAAACCAUCCAUCCGCACCACUCACGAGGUGGCUACUAGUCCUUUGCCUUCCCCUCGGACUAUACCAGGGGUUGAGAACACAACAGAAGAAAAGGGACAAGUCGCAGAGACAAGCCAGAUGGAUAAACCAGUGGAGAACCCUACCGACCCAGCUGGGGCCUUCGACGUCACCGACCUCCCGGGUAGAGUUGAACAUCUUCUUCACUAUGUGUACGGCCAGUAUGGCGGUGAUAUCACGAUAGACCGACCACAAAGCACCGCAGAGGCAUCCUCGCCUUCAGAGAGUCCAGAUUCAGAAGAUGUUGACGAAGAGCUCAAGUACCUUCGCAAUGAUGAAACAAGUCCAACAGCCAGCCUUGACAGCUUCGAAUUGCAGCUGCAGCACGGCCAGACACCGCUAGGGCAUCCAAGAGACCAAAUUCGCACAACGUCUAGAAGUAACACACCACCAGACCGUGUAUCGGUGAGCCCAGUGACGCCUAGAGAAGGUCCGUCGCCCCAAAGUUAUGGAAGCAAGACCCCGUCUCCGGUGGGAGGUGCAGUUCUGUCAACUCCUCCUGCCAAGAGUGACACAAAGAAAUCUUCUAAGAGCGAUGAAAAGAGGUUUUAUCACAAGGUCAGUACGUCGCUGUCGGUUGAUGUGGUGGUCCACAUUGCCUCCAAAGAAUCGUCUGUUGCGGAGGAUUUGACUGACCCUGACCCAGACAGACCCAAGAAAAAUCUGGAUGUAGACACUCUUUCCUCCAAGCCUCCCAUAUCACCAAGGGUGCCAAGCACCCAUAAGAAGCAAAAUGCCGACAAGAAGAGGCCUCGUUCUGAUCGCAGACAGAAGAUGACUCGAAGAAGCUCCGUGUCCCCGAAAAGAGACUCGCAAAGAGAUGUCAAGAAGUCGGAGUACGAGGAUUUUGGCGACGCCACAUGGGGUCGUGCCGGAGCCAGAUCUGCGACAAGCAGUCCCGUGGAUACCGACUGUCCGUCACCCCCGUACCCUCCACCGCCACGACCGUUUCUCCCGUCCCGGGAAGGUAGCACGACCGUCCAGCUGGCUACGGGCUGGCGUCGCCCCCGGGUUCAGAAGCUGAAAUUCCGCCACUCCAUGGCUGGGAACAUUUCGGAGGUCGGCGAUUCAGACAAAGCAUCGGGUCUACCUGCCUUCACACCCGCGCCACAGUCCUGA